CUCCCCAGAGGCCCAGCCGCCGCCGCCGCGAGGGCGCGGGGCAGACAAAGGAGGCAGACAAAGGCGGGCGCAGCCCGGCGGUCGUGCGGGCACCGGGCGAGGCGGGCCCGCUCCUCCGGCCGCGGAAGAUGACCACACUCACGCGACAGGACCUCAACUUUGGCCAAGUGGUGGCCGACGUGCUCUGCGAGUUCCUGGAGGUGGCCGUGCACCUAAUCCUCUACGUGCGCGAGGUCUACCCCGUGGGCAUCUUCCAGAAACGCAAGAAGUACAACGUUCCCGUCCAGAUGUCCUGCCACCCGGAGCUGAACCAGUACAUCCAGGACACGCUGCACUGUGUCAAGCCACUUCUGGAGAAGAACGACGUGGAGAAGGUGGUGGUGGUAAUCUUGGACAAGGAGCACCGCCCGGUGGAGAAGUUUGUCUUUGAGAUCACUCAGCCUCCGCUGCUGUCCAUCAGCUCCGACUCUCUGCUGUCCCACGUGGAGCAGCUGCUCCGAGCCUUCAUCCUGAAGAUCAGCGUGUGUGAUGCUGUCCUGGACCACAACCCCCCAGGCUGCACCUUCACAGUUCUGGUGCACACAAGAGAAGCUGCCACCCGAAAUAUGGAGAAGAUCCAGGUCAUUAAGGACUUCCCCUGGAUCCUGGCAGAUGAGCAGGACGUCCACAUGCACGACCCCCGGCUGAUCCCCUUGAAGACCAUGACAUCAGACAUCUUAAAGAUGCAGCUCUACGUGGAAGAACGAGCUCACAAAAGCAGCUGAGGUGCGCCUGCCACCCUGAUGAGGGGGUCUCCAGCCCAGGGCGGCGCUGCAGGGCCACCCAGACUCCAAGUGCUCUUACUGCCUCUGUGUACAGAUGCCACCUCCAGCCCAGGGCUGCUCAGGCUGGUGGUCUUCAUGGACAAGGCCUCCCUAGGAGGGCAGUCGGGACACUGGGACCGUGAUGUCUUGGUCUCUUGGCUUCGGCUGGCCAACACUGUCUGUCUCAAAAACUGUGCUGUGAGUUACUUCAAUAAAAGGGCCCCAAGGGCUGACUGGGCUGUCACUAA